AUGGCUGAUGAGUUGUGGGAUGAGAUUCAAAACCUAGAAUUAGGACAAGAGGAUCCGGCCCUUUUCAUUCCCCAUGAAGCUUAUGUGAUGGUCGAAGCUUCAAAUAACCUAAGUCUGAUAGCUAGGCCUCUGAAUCCAAGAGUUCAAAAUCUUAACUCUGUUGUGGUAGCACUUCCAAGAUCAUGGGGACUAACGACUCAGGUGCAUGGAAGAAUUCUUGAUGCAACGUAUGUCCAGUUCCUUUUUGCAAAUGAAAUUGAUCUACUGAUGGUGCAAAGAAGAGAACCGUGGCUUUUCAACAAUUGGUUCGUUGCAGCAACUCGAUGGCAGGUGGCUCCAGCUCACAACCUUGUCACUACCAUUGAUCUCUGGGUGCAAAUUCGAGGUAUUCCCUUACCUUAUGUUUCUGAAGAGACAGUUAUGGAGAUAGCUCACGAUCUAGGAGAGAUCAUUUCAUUGGACUUUCAUGAGGCUACCUCUCCUCAGAUUGCUUUUAUUAGAGUUAGAGUUCGUUUUGGUAUAACGGACAGACUGAGGUUUUUUCAAAGAGUCAUCUUUGACUCUGGUGAAACUGCAACCAUCAGGUUCCAAUAUGAACGACUCCGAAGACUAUGUAGUAGCUGUUUCAGAUUUACUCACAAUCGAGCUUACUGUCCCUACCGUCAACGUCCUCUUAGCAUCGCAAGAGAAAGAGCCCUCUUCUGUGAUAGUGUUCAAAGAUCUUCAAUGAACUCACAAUCUCAGAUGACUGAAAGCUCCUUUCCGGUGCCCUUGACUCCACCUCCAAGAGUGGAUCCUCCACCAGUGAAUCACGCUGAAUUUACAGCUGCCUAUCCUCAUCUUGCAACAGCAACAAACGAGAAUCACAGGGAUGUAGGAGAAUCAAGCACCUCCAGACAGGAUAUGUCAUCAGGAUCAAACAACUUUCUGGCAAGGAGAACUACUCACUUCACAGACCAUCGAAGGUGCUUUGAAGGUGGUCAAGCAUCAAGACAAAAUGAAAACAGGGAACCAAGACGUCCUACUGAAAGGAUGAGGUCUCCAACUCAUUUUGAUCAUGUUCAACGCUCUGGAGGGAUUCUGAAACCUCCAAAAAAAACGCUAAACCACUCGAUCGUUUUCUGUCAUUUUUUGGGAAAGAUUGCAGGACUAGAAGCAUCACAGCUUCAAGACGAAGAAGCCUGCUUAGUAGGGUAUGGUUUUUGGUUAUGACAUACUCUUUCUAAUGUUCUGUUUUGUUGUAAUGCUUCAGUUUGUUUUUUCUUUACUUCAGCAAUGUUUUUUCAUUUUCAGUUUGCCUAAGACUUGUAAGUGGAAAGUCCACUGGUUAAACUUUUUGUAACUUCACAGUGGAAUUUGAAAUGGAAGGCAACUUUUCAGUGAAAAAAAAUAGUAA